AUGGAGGGAAAGUUCGACCCCCAGUACGUCGACUUCUUCCAUCAACAUUUGGCCACCAACGAGAAAAUCUUAGCCACUCACCGUGUACCACUAAAUGUCACCAGAUCUGGUGGUAACGUCAUUCCUGGCCAAAGUCCACCUCGAGAAAUGGCCAGAAUCUUCGACAUAUCCUUCGGUAGAAAGUACUCCACUGGCCCUGACAUUGGUGCUAGGGUGUUUGUACCUAAAGGGGACGCUCCAGAAGGAGGGUUCCCAUUAUUCAUCUGGUUCCAUGGUGGUGGGUGGACGUUAGGAGGUCUCGAUACCGAGAACUCGUACUGUACUCAUGCUGCGGAAACUGGCCACUGUGUGGUGAUGACCGUGGACUACCGUUUGGCCCCAGAAGAUCCUUUCCCUGCUUGUGUGGACGAUAGCUUCGAUGCCGUGGCUUGGGCAUUCGCUCAGGGCCCCCAGGAACUCGGCAUCAAUAACAGUAAGAUCGCUAUUGGUGGGUCGUCCGCUGGUGGUAACCUUACGGCCAUCGUUACCCAUAAAUUUGCAGCCAGUGAACUCGCGGCCCAAUAUCCUCCCGUGGUAUUCCAAGUGUUGGUGGUGCCAGUUACCGAUAACACCGCCACCGCCGCCACCCAACCGUCAUGGGGCGAGAACGAGUUCACCACCCAAUUACCAGCAGAGAAGAUGUUAUGGUACAGGGCAUUGUACCUCCCUAACCCUGACGAUUGUGGCCACCCCGAGUCGUCGCCAUUGUUCUACCCCGACGAGAGUUUCGCAAAGGUCCCACCAUGCUUCAUCGCCGCCGCUGAGCGAGAUGUGUUGAGGUCAGAGGCCGAAGCCUACGGAGAGAAAUUGAAGAAGAAUGGCGUCGACACGACGGUGAUGAUUUAUAGGGGGAUGCCCCAUACUGCCAUGGUGAUGGACGACGUGUUGGACGAAGGCAAGAGGUUGGUGGCAGAGACCACCAGAGCGUUGUACAAGGCAUUCUAUGGUGUACAGUAA